AUGGCAGAUUCAGACGCCGGGGAAUUCCCGACGGAGAACCACCGUGGCAGCGCCGGAGUGCUGUUCGGAAAGUACGAGGUGGGGAAGCUGGUGGGAUGCGGGGCGUUCGCGAAAGUGUACAGAGGAAGGGACACACGGACGGGACAGAGCGUUGCGAUCAAAGUGGUGAGCAAGCAGCGGCUGCAGAAGGGAGGCCUCAACGCCAACAUCAAGAGGGAGAUCGCUAUCAUGCACCGCCUGCGCCACUCCUCUAUCGUGCGCCUCUUCGAGGUCCUCGCCACCAAAUCUAAGAUCUUCUUCGUCAUGGAAUUCGCCAAAGGCGGUGAGCUCUUCACCAAGGUCUCCAAGGGCAGGUUUUGCGAGGAUCUCAGCCGUCGCUAUUUCCACCAGCUUAUCUCCGCCGUCGGUUACUGCCAUUCCCGAGGCGUCUUCCACCGGGAUCUCAAGCCCGAGAAUCUCCUCCUCGACGACAAGCUCGAUUUGAAAGUCACUGAUUUCGGACUCAGCGCCCUCACCGAUCAGAUCCGACCCGACGGUCUUCUUCACACCCUAUGUGGCACGCCGGCCUACGUGGCGCCCGAGGUCCUUGCGAAGAAAGGCUACGAUGGUGCUCAAAUCGACGUCUGGUCCUGCGGAGUCAUACUCUUUGUCCUCAACGCCGGCUAUCUCCCCUUCAACGACCACAAUCUCAUGGUCAUGUACCGCAAGAUCUACAAGGGUGAAUUUCGCAUCCCCAAGUGGACGUCGCCGGAUCUCCGCCGGCUGCUCACUCGGCUUCUCGACACGAAUCCGCAGUCGAGGAUCACAAUCGAAGAGAUCAUCCACGAUCAGUGGUUCAAACAGGGAUACGACGACAAAAUGUCCAAAUUCCACCUCGAGGACUCCGACAUGAAACUCCCGGCGAACGAUGUCGACGGCGAGAUGGGUGUCAGGCGGAUGAACGCGUUUGACAUCAUUUCGGGAUCUCCCGGUUUCAAUCUCUGCGGUCUGUUCGGCGACGCCAGAAAGUACGACCGAGUGGAGCGGUUCGUGACGGCUUGGACGGCAGAGAGGGUAGUGGAGAAACUAGAAGAGAUGGCGGCGGCGGAGAAUCUAACGGUGGCGAAAAAGGAAUCGUGGGGGCUGAAAAUAGAAGGGCAGAAUGAUAAUUUCGCAAUGGUGGUAGAGAUGAACCAGCUAACGGACGAGCUGGUGAUGAUCGAGGCGAGGAAGAGGCAGAGAGACUGUGCAUCUGGACGAGAUUUAUGGUCAAAUACAGUGAGGCCUUUCCUCGAGGAGAUUCUGCACAAACCGGAAGAGACGAUACCCGGUUUAGGGACAGACCAGAAUCAGAACCAAGAAGAAUCUUCUUCUUCUUUGCGUGACGUAUAUACGACGCCGUAG